GAUAAUAAAAUCGUUUAACAAAUGCAACGUCGAAGAAAUAGAAUCACUACUUUAGUCAAUGCUCGGGAAAAACCAAUUAAAACGGAGAAACAGCUCAAAGCUAUCGUACGCGUCGGCCAAUCGGUCAACCUAUCGGUUGAGCGGUUUGUUGCCGUCGGCGAAGCCAUUGCCGAUGACAACCCGGAGAUUCGAGCCGAGAUGUGCGACGCUUGUAAGGACGCCCGAGCGGCCGGCACUCUCAUUGAGCAGUUAUGCGAAUCGGCCACACAUGAGAUCGACCCGUCGGCCGCCGGUCAGAUGCGCUCAUAUUCCGAUAAGUCAUGUAUGGUUAGGGCCGCCCGGGCUCUGCUAUCGUCCGUCACACGAGUUCUGUUGAUUGCCGACACCGUUGUCGUCAAACAAUUGAUUUCAACUAAAGAUAGGGUGUCAAUUAGUUUAAAUCGGUUGGAAAAUGUGGCCAAUUUUACUGAAUUUGUUAAAGCGUUUUCACAAUUUGGUACUGAAAUGGUUGAGUUGGCGCAUCUCACCGGUGAUCGACAAAAUGAUUUGAAAGAUGAGCGCCGUAGGGCUCAAAUGAGUUGUGCCCGACAGAUACUGGAGCGCUCAACGAUGAUGCUGUUGACGUCAUCCAAGUGUUGUCUCAGACAUCCCGAUUGCGAUACGGCUCGUGAUAAUCGGGACACUGUUUUCUUGCAGAUGCGUCGGGCGAUGGACUUAAUUCAUAUGGUAGUCAAAGAUGGUGUGAUUCCCCAAUUGGCUGCCAGUGCGGCCACAUAUGAAACUAAUAUGCGACGCACUGGCCGUCAUGUGUCCAGAUAUGAGACCAGAUACCAGACACCAGAGUGGAAACUAGAGGAAUGGGAUGAAUGUAUUACCGCUUAUAACGCUGUCAGACGACUGCAUGAUUUAAUAGAGAUGUGUCGCAUGACGUUUGUUGGCCAACACAUUAGGGAUCGGCUUAACUGUGCCUUAGCUGCAGUGGUCGAGAGGACGCAGGACUUUACGGACUCGGCGUACACCAGUCACGAGCGCCGGGAGAGGAUACUCUUACUCUGUGAUCGGGCCCGACUCGAGCUCAACUCAUUGCUCAGGAAUGCGCUUUGCCUGGAACAGUCAUCAUCACAGUCUCCGAGCGAAGACUUUGAAGCUUCCAUAACACAAACACUUAGAGCUAGUAUUGACCUCAAGAAUGAGCUACAAGACACUGCCUUAGACCAAAUYGACGAGCUUCUCAAACUGGAGGCCCACCAUCAAGAUAUGGUCGGCCGAUUGCGUAACACAGCUCUGGCCAGCGAUCAGGAACGGCUCGACGAAUUGUGCGAACAAUUCAACGAAUACUGUGAACGGGUUCAGGAGGUGUGUCGACUACUCCAUCACACGUCGCCCACCGACACAACACAGAUUAAGUCCAAACACUUGGAGAUGUCGCUGGAAGUACACGGACAGCAACUGAUAGCUGCCUGUCAUACACUAGCUGUACAUCCGAACAGUAAGAUAGCCAAAGAAAAUUUAGACGUCUUUGCCGAUGUUUGGCACCUAUUGUGCGGUGAUUUGACUCAGUUAGCCCGCGAAGUGUCUGAACACGUUCGCGGGUGUCCACAACUGGAGAAUUCAGUAUAUUUGCCGCAACAACGAUAUCCGACCGGUACUUUGCCAUUGAGUACAGCAGCCGCCGGAACCUCCACGUCGACAAUGCGGUCGACACAGCCGUUCGGCGCCAGUCAGAUGACAAACCCAAUGAACACCGGGAGUCCAUCGAUGAGCAAAGUUAUGCCCAAUCCUAAUGCUGCCGGCAAUAUGUCGUCGCGAUAUUCGGACGAAGAAAGCAAAGGAAAAGGACAGUCAAGUGAUACCGAUAUGGGAACAGAUGUUGAGGGCAAGGCAUCCAACGCUGAAGAUGAUAAUGAUAUCGCACGUAAAGUAAAAUCUAUGUCAACGAUGGCCACAUCUAUGCUUCAGUUCACCAGAGGAGAGGGUGAACUCAAGACAACACAAGACCUCUUCACUCAGGCAGAGUUCUUCGCUGAUGAGGGCAAUAAACUAUACAAAAUUGUCAGACAUUUCUCUUAUCAGGUGCCAUCGGGUCCGCCAAAGAAGGAACUGUUGGAUAAUGUGGACAAAGUGCCGACAUUUGUCCAACAAUUGCAGUUUGCCGUCAAAAACGUUACGGUCGGCAAAGCGGCCACUUUUACUAAAGUAGAUAAUGUGAUCCAAGAGACCAAAAACUUGAUGUCCGUUAUUAAUUUAGUUGCCAAAAACUGUGCCAAUUGUGCCAAUCAGUACAAUUUGGACAUGCAAGGUGCUCUGAGGACACGUGCGCGGACACUGUCGCCGUCGAUGMGAUCGGAGGCCGAGAUGUUCUACGAUAGCAGCGGCGGAAUGGGUAUCAAAGGAGGCGGACUAUCGGGCGAUCCGGACAUUUGACAGUUCGGUGCGGGCCGACGGGCUCUCAGACCACAGAGUGAAGGAGACGCGCGACGAACACGCGUUUCUUUUUUACUCUUUUAGGGUCAAAGUCCAGACGAGAUUAAGUGAUCAGACGACCAGCUUUUGUGUCUAAUUAUUCAAAACUAACAA